AUGUGUUGUUACACUGCAGGAGCCUCGCUGCCGGUUCGCCGUGUUGCACACACUGGGCCCGCCAGGAGGCAGGGCGUCGCUAUAGGCCGGAUCUACGGCGGCCACGACGCCGCGAUGGGUGAAUUUCCGUAUCUGGUAUCGCUGAAGAUAGGGGGACUGUUAAUCAAGAGGCACAACUGUGGAGGCUCCAUCAUCACCAGCACAUCCGUGCUCACAGCAGCCCACUGUGUCAGCAAUCUCGGCAGUUACGUUGCAGUGGCUGGAGAACUCGACUUGAGCACUGACGAAGGCACGGAGCAGGAGGCAAGGGUUUCGCAAAUGAUCCCGCACCCCGACUACCCAAGUGGUAACAACGUGAACCCCAACGACAUCGCCGUCUUCAGACUGAGGACUGCCUUCACGUUCAACUCUUACGUACAGCCCAUUAGCCUUCCAUACGCCGGAGUCAUCCCCAAAGGUUACAAGUUGAAAUGUCUUGAUAUUAAAAUGAUUAAUCAUCGAAUACCCCCUGACACGAUGCUUCCAGCUGACGACUAG